AUGGUCUUUCAAGUAUUACUUCUCAUGGUUGAGAAUGUCGAAAAGAGUCAUUUGCUGAUUGAGUCUUGCCGAUACAGCCCGGAAGAGCUGGCUGGCCCGUUGGCUAGGCUUCUUUUCAGCUGGUUAAUGCCUCUACUUCGACUAGGUUACGAUGCCAUUCUCUCUAUGGCAACCCUCACACCACUCUCUGAUGAUCUCAAAAGCCAACAACUGGAACCGAAACUAGUUCGGUUCUUGACAGCUGCAAAAAGUUCAACCCUUUUGCGUGAACUAUUUCGGUUGCGUCGAGGCUUGCUACCGCCGAUCAUUCCUCGCAUACUUCUCUUAGGCUUUACACUCGCCCAGCCCUUUCUGAUCUAUACCGCGGUUUCAUUUACAAGUAUCAGUCACAACGAGAGAUCUAUCGAAGAAGGGAAUCUACUUGUCGCUGCAUUUGUUCUCACCUUUCUCGGUUAUGCGUGCUUUCUAUUGGCAUCUGAUAAACCGACUCAUGGCGAUGGACCGCGGAAGCCUGGUCAGAUUGCUAUAGCGAUCUAUGUACUCGCAUUACACAUGUCUUGGGCCUGUGUUGCUCCUGUCAUCGUUCCUAUAGUUUUCGUGGCUGCUACAGUGCCCGUCAUGCAAAAGAUUGGUACAGCGCAGGGUUCCUGGAAUGCCGCCAUUGAAAAGCGCGUUAACCUGACUUCAGCCAUCCUCAGUAACCUUAAAGAAGUCCGAAUCUAG